GUGUGUGUGUGAUGGAGCUGUCUAUGGCACAUCGUGUGGCUGUGUGGUGGUUGGCGAAUGUGUUGGGAGUGUUCACCAUCUUCUACCACACGCUGCUGCUCGUGUUGAGUGAACGCCGCGCCAAAGCCGGCCACAGGAGAGCGGCAAGCGAGACCAUCAUAGAGGCAUUAGCAGUUGAGAGUUUACUACAGCAGUGUGUGUUGGCGCUGUGGCUGGGUUUGACUGCGUUAGAUCCCCGUUGUCUUCUGGGCGUUACCUACUCCGUGCUGGUGGUGGCGGUGUUGGUUCUGCGCUUCUGCGUGCUGUGGACGACCUCACUGCUGCUCUUCUUCUACUCCACCAAGCUGGUCAUGCAGCCAAUCAGCUGCUAUACACACGCCCAGGACUUCCUGAUGCGCCACGUAAUACCCACCCUCCUCCUCAUCCCAAUGGUCGCCCUUGCACUCUGCUGCCCUCUCCUGGGCAUACUGCCACACUACACACAUGAUGCCCCCAUUGGCGACAGCAACCAGAAUGACUACGAUACCCACAAUGCCUCUGCACUGGCCAAUAUCAGUAUGCCCAUACUGAGUGCCUACGAUACCCAGAAUGCCUCAGUCUUCCUGCUCCCGGCUUGCCACUCUCUGCAGCUGUCAACCCACGUGUCGGCGGUAGCGGAGGAGGCGUACCUUGCCAUGCUGCUACUGAUGACCGAAGUCAUACCAGGUGUGUUCAUGUUGAAGAGUUCCAUCUCCAUAGCGGUCCACCUCCACCUCCACCUGCGUCACCUGCGUGAGAGCUCCAACGGGGCCCACGGUCCUCGCACGGGCCCCGAGACCCGCGUGGUCACCAUGGCGCUGUCGCUAGCCGCCAAUUACCUGGUGUACCUGGGAGUGGUCAUCUACACGCAGUACAACCUGUGGAGACAUCAGGAACAUGCCAUGUUUCUGUCGUCGCUCUUUUCCUCUCUCUACUCAGCGCUGUGUGGCCUCAUCCUGUUAUACGGGAAAGAGAGUCUCUGGAGACACCUGACACAUCUGCACAACGCCACUGUGGACAG